CGUGGCCUGGCUGGCUGACCGGCCGGGGGCGGGGCCUGGGCCUCGGCCGCAAUCCGGGCCUCCAGGCCUGUCGCUGCUAGCGCAGUCUGGUGGCCAGGGUCACUCCCCUCUGUCCCGGCCCGAGUGACAGCCGCUGCCCGGCGCCGAGGGGCAGCGCGGCUUCUCAAGUCGGGCCUGGAGCGCGGCGCGAUGCCGGGGUCUGUGCGUGCGGUGUGAGACGGCGGCGCUGGGUGGCGGGCCGGGCCGGGGCCGCUCAUGGUGCCGCCACGACUCCAUCGAGGGGCAGGAAGGCCAGGUGAUCUGAGUCCUUCACCUCCAUUUAGACUGAGAUCUGCCAGGUUUGUGGGCAUUGCGUUUGAAGAGCUCAGAGAAGCCCUGGCAACAAGACUGCAAAUGGUUUGUGUAUUUAUCAUGAACCGAAUGAAUUCCCAGAACAGUGGCUUCUGUCAGCGCAGGCGAAUGGCCCUGGGGAUAGUGAUUCUCCUGCUGGUUGAUGUGAUAUGGGUGGCAUCUUCAGAACUCACCUCGUAUGUCUUCACUCAGUACAACAAGCCAUUCUUCAGCACCUUCGCAAAAACAUCCAUGUUUGUUCUGUACCUUUUGGGCUUCAUUAUUUGGAGACCUUGGAGGCAACAAUGUACGAGAGGAUUCCGAGGAAAGCCUGCUGCUUUUUUUGCAGACGCGGAAGGUUACUUUGCUGCUUGCUCAACAGACACAAGUAUGAGUAGUUCUUUGAGUGAACCCCUGUAUGUUCCUGUGAAGUUUCAUGAUCUUCCAAGUGAGAAGCUUGAGAGCACAAACAUUGGAACGGAAAAAACACCCAAGAAGUCCCGUGUAAGGUUCAGCAAUAUCAUGGAGAUUCGACAGCUUCCAUCAAGCCAUGCAUUAGAGGCCAAGUUGUCUCGAAUGUCUUAUCCUACUGUGAAAGAUCACGAAUCUAUACUGAAGACCGUAGGGAAACUUACUGCAACCCAAGUAGCAAAAAUUAGCUUUUUUUUUUGCUUUGUGUGGUUUUUGGCAAAUUUGUCCUAUCAAGAAGCACUUUCAGACACACAGGUCGCCAUAGUGAAUAUUUUGUCUUCAACGUCUGGACUUUUCACUCUGAUCCUUGCAGCUGUAUUUCCGAGCAACAGUGGAGAUAGAUUUACCCUCUCUAAGCUAUUAGCUGUAAUUCUAAGCAUUGGAGGCGUGGUGCUGGUGAAUCUGUCGGGGUCUGAAAAGUCUGCUGGAAGAGACACAAUAGGUUCCAUUUGGUCCCUUGCUGGAGCGAUGCUCUAUGCUGUAUACAUUGUGAUGAUCAAGAGAAAGGUAGACAGAGAAGAUAAAUUGGAUAUUCCAAUGUUCUUUGGUUUUGUAGGUCUGUUUAAUUUGCUGCUCUUAUGGCCGGGGUUCUUUCUACUUCAUUAUACUGGCUUUGAGGACUUCGAGUUUCCCAAUAAAGUGGUACUUUUGUGUAUCAUUAUCAAUGGCCUCAUCGGAACAGUUCUUUCCGAGUUUCUUUGGUUGUGCUUUCACCUCUGCUUGGGACCUCUCAGGGGCUGCUUUCUUACCUCAUCGUUGAUAGGCACACUUGCACUAAGCCUUACAAUACCUCUCUCCAUCAUAGCCGACAUGUGCAUGCAAAAGGUGCAGUUUUCUUGGUUAUUUUUUGCAGGCGCUAUCCCUGUGUUCUUUUCAUUUUUUAUUGUUACUCUCCUAUGCCAUUAUAAUAAUUGGGAUCCUGUGAUGGUUGGAGUCAGAAGAAUUUUUGCCUUUAUAUGCAGAAAACAUCGAAUUCAGAGAGUUCCAGAAGACAGUGAGCAGUGUGAGAGCCUCAUUUCCAUGCACAGCGUUUCUCAGGAGGAUGGGGCUACUUAGCUGUCAUCUGCAGUCCAGCGUAAUGGAACAGUCUAUGGUGAAGAGACAAUCUGGCAAGUCCUUUGUAGAAGUGUCUCAGUGCCUAGUCUGAACAAUACUAGUUUCAGUUCUUUGAAACUCUGCAUACAUUCUCCUCAUGUCUGCUUUCUUCAUUUCCGAAAGGAAGGAUGUUCCAUGUAGGUUGUGUGCAGUCCAGUUGCUCUAAAGGACCAACUUGCCUUACGGAUCAGUUCAGUUCAUGAAAUCACUGGAACUAAUCAAGGAACAAAAUCUUUCUGGGGACUCUUAAAAAUGCUCAUUCCAAGAAAUCACCUAAGUGAGUAGAUGAACAUUCUGACAGGCAGACACUAACCUGCAUUGUCUGCAGCGGGUGCAGAUUAUCUUUUUGAGUUUUAUAGAUUGUAAGAUAACCACACAGAAGAAAUGCUAGUUAAUGUAACAAGUAUGUUUAUGCAAAGCUGGCAGUGCUUUAGAGGACAAAUGUUUGAGAAAAGAUCUGGUCCAAGUGCACUCACUAUGUGAUCCCUCCCUGGGCGGUGGUGGCGCACACCUUUAAACCCAGCACUUGGCAGGCAGAGG